AUGUUGACGCUAUUUCUCCUGAUCUUCACAGCUGUGUGUGGUGUAUCUCCAUACGUUCCUCAUCGGUAUCACUUUGUAAAUGAGAGUAAAACCUGGACUGAAGCUCAGAGCUACUGCAGAAAGACCUACACUGAUCUGGCCACCAUCAACAACAUGGACGAGAUGAAGAAGCUGAACGACACUCUGAAAAAUCUGAGAAAAUUGGCCAUCUACCCUCAUAUAGGCCUGAAGAGGAGAGGCACUGGGAGAUGGCAGUGGUCUCUGGCAGAUGAAAGUUUCUACGGUUCAGGAUGCACGCUUGGAACCUCCAGCGCUGCACUAGUAAGCAGUCCUGGAAAGGAUUGUGUUGCGAUGAAUAAAAGUGAUGGGUCCUGCAUUACUUAUGACUGUAUGACGACAUUCUCUUCUUUUGUGUGUUAUGGUAAGUUGGAUAAAAUAGGCCCAGGAAAUUAUAUAUUCAUUAAUGACAAAAAGACCUGGCGUGAAGCUCAGAGCUACUGCAGACAGAAAUACACAGACCUGGCCAGUGUGAGGAACCUGACAGAGAACCAGCAGAUCUGUGGAAUGGCUAAAAACAGCAGAGAUCUUUUCUGGAUCGGCCUGUUUUACGAUAUCUGGGAGUGGUCUGAUCAGAGUAACUCCUCAUUCCGGUACUGGAAUCUUACACAGCCGGACAAUACUCAGGAAGUACCCCCAGCUGGUGGAGAAGAGAACUGUGCCGGCGUGUCUUUAAGACAAUCGGGUCUGUGGCACGAUAUAAAAUGUGACGUCCAGUUUCCAUUUAUCUGCCAUGAGGAUAAGCUGAUCUUGAUCCAGCAGGAGCUGAGCUGGAGAGAAGCUCUGAGAUACUGCAGAGAGAAUCAUGUGGACCUGGUCUCAGUUCACUCUGAGGAGAUCCAGCUCUGGGUGAAGGAUGUGGCUCAGAAUGCCUCCACUGAUCAUGUGUGGCUGGGUCUGCGUCACACCUGCGCCCUCAGCCUCUGGUUCUGGAUAAGUGGAGACUUUAUCUGCUAUGAUAACUGGGCUCCAGGUAACGGGACAGACAGUGAAGACUGCAGUCCUGUAGAGAGAACCGGAGCGGUGCAGGCUAGAGGAGAUCAGCAGUGGGUCAGCCUGCCUGAGAACCAGACACUCAACUUCAUCUGCAUCAGAUAUGAAGGUUAGGUCGUGAGUGUUUGUGGUGGAGAAGAUUGAUGCAGGCCUUGUUGUUCAGCCUUCUUGUACUUCUCUUUCUGGAAUCAGGGAUUCAUUAUCCAGAGUUCCUAUCGUUGUAAUUCUCAUGAUUGCAAAAGUUGCAUUCCUAUACUCUUUAAUUGUUUUGCGCAACAUUUACACGGUGUAGCUAGUAAUGACCAAAAAAAUAGUGUACCAAGAAAUUCGCCCAUUUUGCCAUUUUCUCAGGGUUGUUGAACCUGGGCCUGAAGACCCUGCACACUCGUAGAUUGCUGGAGCUGGUGUCCCAGCCAAUCAAUUUCUUUAAAUGUCCCUUUAAACCCAUUAUGUAUGUUUUUCACUAUAAAACGCACCAGAAUAUAGGUUGCAUUUUGCAACACUA